GGAUGAGCCUCUAUAUAAGAACCAAAGCCUCCUUGGAGACAGUUUCAACAAUUAGUUUUUGUGUUUCUUUCAAAAUCCUCAUCCGCCACUUUCAUACCCACCAAACACUUUUUUGUUCUCCAUGGCGGUUUCUUCUUAUUACUUGACGCCAACAUCGAGGCCUUGCAAGAUUAAUAACCGGAAAACAGGUCUCAGAAAACGGUGUUUUUUAAUGGUUAAGCAGCAGAAGACGCGCUUCUACAUCCUCGGUCGCUGUAUUUCGAUGCUCCUCUGCUGGCAAGACCACGCUGUUUCUGAUUAGCUCGGUUGUUGAUUUGUCAAACUUUCCAAGUUUACGCCAUAUAAAAACCACUGCUUUGUAUCAGCGAUUUCAAGGUCUGAAAAUUUCAGAAUCUCAAUAUUGUAGGAGAUGGAUGUGCUUUAUUGAAUAUAAACGAGAUGUCACGUGGUGGUUGAGCUUAUUUUCUGGGUCCGAGGCCAGCCAGCCAUUGCGAGCCACAUCACACAUGAGCAAAGACUAGCUUCUUCAAUCUUGCCCGCAAAGCAAAAUAGAAUAAACAGAAGAUUAAGCAGAAUCUUUGUUGUCUUUGAGAAUUUGUGUAUAUAUAUAUAUAUAUAUAAAUGCUUGCUUAAUUGUUUUUCCUGUAUUUUGAAAUUUAUAUGAGCAGUUGAGCAACAUAUUUAAUCA